CUAGAGUCUUUAAGUUAACGAAUCUGUUCUUAUUUAACUUUUCGAAACAGAACUACUCGUCUCUACUUGUGGUACUAUUCAUAUUGUCGACAUUGCCUUAGUUUCACGCUGUGUUGCAUUGAGUGUAGCCAAAAUAAAUACGUAUUUACAUCAGAAACACUAAAUUGUUACACGAUUGUUCCAUACUUUUUCAUCGCGUCAUUUCGUUUGCCCUUAAAGAACGACACGUGCUCGCUGCGAUUCUAAGGAUAAGAUUGAAACUUUUCAAACGUUGUGUCAGAAAUAGUAAUCAGUAUCACGUGAUUAAUAUAUGACUGCAUAUGAAUGACCUGAUAUUUUCUAAAUCGUGUAUCACUUAAAUUUUUACAGUCCAUACUUCUCAUACAAAUGUAUUUCAUACACAAGAACAAAGAUAAUAUUUAUCAACGUAUACCUAACAGAGAGGGACACUUCGUAGAAGGACAUUUACAAUGUUAUCACAGCGUCGAGUGCAGACUGAAUGAACUUUUUAUAUUAGCGAUAUCGAAAUCCCUGGUAUUAGUACAAUUAAUUUUGAAAUUCGAUAGCAAGAAAGUAAAGCAGGACGAUAGUGGGCUGCCUGUAGCGUGAUAACGAUCCAUCGUAACAAGGUUACAAAUCAAACUUGCAAACCGCUGAUCACCACGAUGCAUUGCUGGCGAAGAAUGGAUGUAAAAUUGCGAAAUUUUGCGCGAUUUAGAACGUAAAUGAGUCAUUGCUCUGAAAACGGAAGUGAACAAAGGCUCGGUCGUUUGGCAUUGCUUGCUAGUGGGGACCGCGUUUUCAGAAAAUAUAUAUACAGAGCACGUUGAUCGAACGGAUGCAAUUUGAUAAGGGAUGUGAAAAUGAAUAAGGGACGUUUAAGAAAAUGAUUGCACGUACGAGGAACGCGUGACUGCUUUUGUGAAAGAUAAAUGAUGCUCCAAUUCUUGUCAAACAUUCCCGCAUAGCACGCGGUUUAUUCAUUGUAUAUCAUUGACUUUUUGCAUCGUGAUUUCCGUAUAGAAAACGAGAUAAGGCUGAUGUCAAAGACUAUAAAAUGACGAGUGAGACUGUGAAUCAUUGAAUCAUCGUCAUGUUUAACAUUUUAGACACUCGCCUGCGGAAUUCGCUAAAACGAAGACAAAUCGUGACGCUUCGGCAUUAUCGUUGAUCGAGUGGAUCCUUAAAUGCAAUAUCGGUAUUCUCGAACGCGUACCGGAAACGACAUUGGUAUUAUUAACGCCUCGAUGAAAAGAGGGACAGUGAAGUGUCGAUGCAACUACCAUUGUGUUAAAAGUUUAAGAACAAUGGUGGCUUUAGAAGUAUAACAACGAGAUACUUAUACACCGAAGAAAAAAGGAUGAACCGAAGGCGUGUCGUAUAAUUUGCAAGGUUGUAUUUAUUUAUAAGGUUGUAUUUAUCGAUCUCGCAGACUACUGAUCGAAACGGGAGAUUCUCAGUGCAUCGGAAGAAAGAACGUAAGGAGUAAGUCAGAAAGAAAAAAAAAAGGCAAAAACGCGGUAAAAUUGAAGAUGCGUCACAUAACUCAGUAUCUAUCAUCGUGAGACAGAGUGGCGUGUAAAAGGUAAACCAAACGAAAAGCGAGGAGUUUCAUUGACUAACGUUUGAGUUUUCGUUACGAUUGCAACGAAUUAUAUAAUCGAUCGACAAAAAGAGAAAAAGAGAGAUAGAGAGAGAGAGAGAGAGAGAGAUGUGUAAAGUACAUCGAGAAUGACCUUCACUGCCGUCUCGUCUGUUUGUCUAUCAUCGAUUGAGAAGAACUCGAAGAGAUAAGAUCGUGCGCGAUUUAAUUAUUAUUCAUCCGUGAUCGUUUUGGCGGUGUAAAGAGAAGGAUGCGGCACGCAUGCCGGAAGAAGAUGAUUGUAGCGUGGCGCUAUUCUGACAAGAAUAUCGGCGAGAUCGUCUUCUAAGAAAAAGCUGCAGUUGGCUAUGCUGUGUCUCUCGGCACAGCAGGUGUAUCGUGAGAGAUGACAGUCACUUAUACUGCCGAAGUCGCUACCUGUAGAGGUUUCGGUUGCUUUCUAAAAUUACUCCUAAGAUGGCGGGCAAGCAUAUACAAGCUUGUCUGGUUGGACCUGCUCCUCUUUCUUUCCAUAUACUACACGCUGUCGUGCAUCUACCGAUUCAUCCUAGACGACGAGCAGAAGAAGACAUUCGAGGCCAUAGUGGCGUACUGCAGCGAGUACAGCGAUCUGAUACCACUGUCUUUCGUCCUGGGCUUCUACGUCAGUAUUGUUAUGACCAGAUGGUGGAAUCAAUACAUGGUGAUACCGUGGCCAGAUUCAAUCGCGGUUUUCGUAUCGGCCACUAUUCACGGCAACGACGAGAGAGGUCGAUUGAUGCGCCGAACUAUCGUUAGGUACGUGUGCGUUUGUUUAACGCUGGUAUUGGCGAUGGUCUCGCCCCGCGUGAAGAAACGAUUCCCCACGUUGGAGCACUUCGUGGAGACCGGUCUGUUGUUGGAGAACGAGCUGGUCAUAUUCCAAAGACUCAAUGCAAAGUUCCCUAAGCCGAGCAAGCAUUGGUUGCCGAUAGUGUGGGCGUCGAGUAUCGUGACGAGAGCGAGGAAGGAGGGUCGGAUUCGCGACGACUUCGCCGUGAAAACCUUGAUAGACGAGCUGAACAAGUUUCGCGGUCUUUGCGGCAACCUCAUGCAUUACGAUACAAUUAGCGUCCCUUUAGUUUAUACUCAGGUUGUUACCCUGGCGGUGUACACGUACUUUCUAACGAGCGUAAUGGGCCGUCAGUGGCUGCAGAAUUCGUCAAAGUCGAUGAUCGAUUACUACUUCCCAGUUUUCACGACGUUGCAGUUCUUCUUUUAUAUGGGCUGGUUGAAGGUAGCUGAAACGUUGAUCAAUCCCUUUGGCGAGGAUGACGAUGACUUUGAAGUCAACUGGAUAAUCGACAGAAAUUUACAGGUGAGCUACCUUAUCGUCGACGAGAUGCACCACGAGCAUCCGGAAUUAAUCCGCGAUCAAUACUGGGACGAGAUCUUCCCUACGGAGCUUCCGUACACGGCGGCAACGCAGCCCUUCCGCGAGGAGCAUCCCCAACCGUCCACCGCUGGAAUUCAGUUGUCCGCGGCGCAGCAAGAACUUCAACCGUCCUCGGUCAGGAUCGAUGAAAUGGCAGCUGACUAUCAACAGAAGUUCCAUUCUGACUUGGCGGACGACGCCGCGUCUGGUAUACAUUUCACAGCGACCGGGAAAAUGUCAAGGAGCGCAACCGAGAGUGGUAAAAUAGCGAGAAGCGCUAGCAGAGUGAGCAAUCGGGAUCGUACUCUGAGCGGUGGCUCCACUCCAAGCAUCAUCGGGGGUUCCCUAACAAGAGUCAACAGCGUGACCAGCGUGUUGAAACGAUUGUUUAGUAAAGAGGAUAGGCCAGAUGGCGGCACGUCGGCUGGCACUAAAACUCCUGGAAGGCUCGCGAGUUCCAGUUCGGCCGCUUCGUUGCAAAAUCGAGCCACUGCAGGGGGAGGCUCGAUGAGAAUUGGAGUAAUCAAAGAAGAGGCGGACGAACAAAUGACGUUAACGUCAAUGAAAUCGGAGAAGAAACCUCACGUACAGAGCAUAUUUUCGACGGGACCACCACCUGCAAGCGCUCCUGUUGCUGUACCUGGCAUGGAGUAUUCGCGAAAUGAGGAGAUAUUUUCGUGUAGCGCUCCUCUAACCGGUGUCUCGUUAGAAAGCAACGUCGUUGGAAGCUCCAACGGCAGGAGCGCGCAACGAGUGUCGCAGUCAGCGCGAUCGAGCAUUACCUACGAACCAGCAACGAGCUACGUUGGCAGCGUUGUGGAUGACCUUAUAAGCAGUCGUAGUUCGUCAUUGGCCAGCGUCAAUUCGGACGACGAAUUCACGAAAUUGAAGACGGAAAGAGAAAGACAAAGACGCGAAAGGAUUGAACGAAGACUGGCUAGAAGCAUCAGUGGACACACUAACUUGAUCAGUAGACAGUCAAGAGGUUCUCUGGAUAAUGAACAUCUUUUGCUGUCGGAGUUGGCGAAUACCUCGCGUUUAUCUAUGGCGCGGGACGACAGUGAUGACAAAAGAGUCGAAAGUGACCGUCUUUAGCAGACCUGUCUAUGGGCUUAUUUUGAAGUCUAAUUUAAAUUGUGCAAAAUUUUUACGACAGUAGUUUUAUCGAUCAGUCAAAUGAUCGAAGAAAGUACGUGAAUUUUGCAUGGACUUUUAUGACUUGAUCAAUAUUCACGGCCAUAUUAAUGUAUAUAUGGGUUUUUAAUUAGAAAGAGUUUAACAUUUGAUGAUAAACAACGUACGAGUCAAGUUUAAGUAGUUAUAAUAAUUGACGAAAGACGCAAGGUGAGAAAGUGUAGAGCUAAUCCAUUGUAAAACGGCAAAAACUAUUUAAUAAUCGCGUUUGGAUUUAUUGUAAGGGCAAGACGUUUGCCUUCUAAUAAAUAUGACUUGAGGAUUGUGUAAAAGAUCAAAAAGGUUACAUACGCAAGUAUGCAAACGUCAAACGUACCGGUAUACCUCUCACUUCAAAUUCUACGUAUCGAAAAAUGACAAUAAUUGCGAGGACAUUGUCAUGGAAUAUCGCCUUAAAGUGUAUUGAUAUCUACAUUUUUACAUAUUUACAUUUAGCAAACGUUAUAAGGUAAAUCGUAGUUGUCUAAAGUUCAAAAAAAAAAAAAAAAAAAAAGAAAGUCGUAAAGAGUUAAUUACUUAAUUUUUAAUCUAGCAAGUCGAUCUUUCUGUUCAAUUUUUCUAGAUUUAAAGCAUCACGGAGACUAGUUGCUCGUACAAGAAGCUCCCGAAGACAUUCUGAUCAAAUUUUUGUAUUCGGUUCGCGGAUUUUGAUUGUUACGAAGGUGUUGAAAGUGCCUGCCUUGUGCCUACGUACUUUAUACAAUCAGAAAGCAGUACUCGACACUUGUUUAUCGUUCAAUAGUAGCUUAAGUUUCUACUCUUUCGCGUAAUGUGUGAUCAAUGUUGCGCUCAAAGUUAGCAGUGCGUUCGAGCAUGUACAUUCCAGGAAACAAGGAGAUCUAGAUCGAAGAGAAAGUCAAUGAAACGACCGCACGUCCACAGGAUAUGCCUAAUUUCGUAUUUUUCUUACGUUUGUAAUAUGCAUUAUCGUAAUAUCGCACACACUUUCAACCAAAAUAUGGAUUUAAAUUACUUGGUAGACGAUAGAAAAGUAACAAAACUUUAGGAGAAAUUUCGAAUCAAAAAAUGACGACGAAUAAAGAGAAUCUUGUAUCUAGAGGAAUUAGCAAAAGAAUGUGUACGCGUGUAUAGAAGCUUGCAAGCCUAGUUAACGUUCGUUAACUGCCUCGUUACUGUACAACUCUUUCAUUUCGGAAUCCACAUUCCAGAGCGCGAUUAAUUAAAUCUGACGAUGCUUGUACAGCCAAGCGUUUUGUUUAACAGUAUUACAAGGUAUCGAAGAGGUACCCUCUCGGAUUUUCGUCGAUCCUUUUUUCUGAAUAAAGAAAAGUGAAUUGCAAACAUCAACAAA